UUCAGAGUGUUAGUGAAUUUUUCUUUUACCACCCAUAUCCGUAGGGCGGUAGACUUAGAUGGGGGUAUAUAAAAAACCACAGUUUCCGCCUCGUACGUACUUUAAAGAUGCUCCUGUCCUGAUUAAAUAUAUCGAGGUGCUCAGUAUAGACAACUUCGGAUAUCUAGAUAGGAGUCAUGUAUUGGCCGACUUCAAGAAACGAGCGAUGGUUCUGCUGGACUGUAUUCGCGCAAGCCGUGGCUGUACUAGCCCUGGAAAUAUACAACCUCGCUCAAUGGGAAUCCUGGAUCCGACCAAACGGGACUCAAGUCCCCAUCUCCUACCUCAUCCCCAUCAAUCUGUCCCUAAUAAUGUUCGCCGUCUUCUACGAAUCCCUCCUAUCCCUCAAACUCGUACACGAUAAAUCCAACAUUUUGCUGUUAGCAAUCUGCAUCAGUAAAGCGUGCGUAUUCGCUUAUUCCGUCAUGCAAUACCUAUCUAUGGAACAAAAUACCCAUUCUAUUCAGACAAAUCAGGAUAUGUUUGGUGAGCCACUUGUCGAUUUAUCCCGGGACUUGUGGAAAGAGAUCAAACCGGCGGAGAUGUUGGUUCCGAUUGUUAUUGGGAUUGCAACUGUGAUUGUGUGUCCGGUCGCGUAUCGGUUGCAUAAGGAGUAUUCGUGGGCUAUUUAUCAAUGUGUGCAGGGGGAUCCGAAGAUUCGGUUUCGGUAUAGGGGAUAUGAGAUCUAUCUUGUCUUGAUUAUAUUCAACGUUUAUUUCUUCAUCGGGUUUAUUGUCCAGUACAAUCUGGUGGACGUCCACUUCAUCGAGCCCGAGUUUUCGCUGACAAUGGCCCUCAUACCAGCCGCAGUUAUGCUCAUGGUUCUAAGCGCAUACUUUGUCCGAUACGAAAAUAAAAUUGGAACCAUCAUCGUCAUCACCUGCUACCUAGGCCUCAUAGCAUACAUAAUUAGCCGCAUAAUCCUCCUCUGCAACCCCACAGGCCGCGGAAACACUCCCGGAAAGGACAUGAUGCUUUUGUUCGCAUUUUUGGCGUUGAUAUUCACUUUUCUCGCCAUGGUGUGUGCGAUUUAUUGUAUUGUCAAUUUUGAGCAUGGGCUGCAGACGGUGUUUAAUCGGAAGAGUCAGAUUCCGAGGCGCUCGUUUGUGUUUCAGGAGUUGCCGAGUCGGUAUAAUAGUGCGCGCGACUCGUCGAGGAUGUCGCUUGAGUAG